CUUAAUAUGCUAUUAGUCUCAAAUGCAUUUCACGAAACACUAGGUAUUAUUUGCAGAGUAAAAGAGUAUAACUGGUAUUUUUCCCCUGACUAAGAGAAGCAAGGAGAAGUUGGUUUAUAUGGUUUUAGUGUUUUUAAGAUUUUAGUAUAUUUUGUUUUAUGGCAGAAAAGUCUACCGUAAGCCUCACUGUCAAAAAUGUAUCUGUAUUAUUAUUAUUUUAGUUUUGAUUUGGGCAAAAUCGUUAAGGGGUUAAGUUCAACUAAAAUGAAAAUUUUACUCGGCCUCUGCUAAGACCUUCAUUCAUCUUCGCAACUUUUUUCAUUUUUAGACUUAAACGACCUGCAUUUAAAUCAGUUUGUCUUUGUGCUUUCUUUUCAAUGAUAACCUGAACGACUUCCUCAGUGAAAAAUAAGCAGGUGGUGAUGAUGAUGUUACAAAACAGAGAGAAUCGAGAAGUUAAUUCGUGUUUAGUCUCGUUGAUAUUGCUUUGCGUUUGUAUUACAUGUAGGAAAGUGUUAGGUAUCAUUAAAUCAAAGACAAGAACGUCUUGCGCGUUAGAGUUGGACGUGGAAUUAGAUGUAUUUCAUUAAAUGCAUUUUCUUGAGCUAAUGAGAACGUGCUAAACUGUGCAUAGCCUUAGAUAAACUGAAAGUCUCUUUAAGACUGAUGCUUGUCCUAUUGACUGCCAAGCAAGGACCAGAGAAGUAUGAAAGACAUCCACAAAAUAACGUGCCGUUACGAAGCCACGAGGAUAUUUUUUUCGUGCACAAAGAAAAUAAAAGUAACGACUUUAUUCAGUAUUUUGUCUCCUCUGUGUCUCUCCGCACGCACUGUAGCAAUUUUGGAGAGCGUCUGCUGUACGCGCUAUGUGCGCUGAGGGACAAGGCUCCGUUUUUGUUCAUAUCGAAGCCUAAAAACGUGUAGAAAACCACACAGUGGCCUGCAGAAUACAUAGUUGCUGUGGAUAUUCUCCAAAAUGUUGCUACGGUGACACAAAGAGAUACAGAGAAGACAAAUUAUUAAAUAAGUCAUUAAUUUUUAUUUAUUUUCUUUGCAGACAAACAAAGCUUUUUAUGGGUUUGGAACGACAUGGAGUGAAGGGAUUAAUUACAAAGCUUUAAUUUUGGGGUGGAGUAUCCCUUUAAGUCAUAGUCAUCAUCCUUGGUGAGAAUGUGGCUUUGCAGUGUAGUGAAAUAAAUAUUUUGUUAGAAAUGUCAUAAUUAGGUUACCGUUAGCUACAACAACAUGGAAUGUACGCUCUUCAUUAAUAAUAUCGAAAAAUAUCGAAAAUUUUAUUUUGUAUCUUCAUCUCGUAUAUUGUGUAAUUUUUUUUUAUAGGACACAAAAGGAGAAAUUUUAAAGAAUGUUCAUGCUGCUCUUUUUUAAAUACAAUAAAAGCUUAUACGGAGCAAAAAUCUGCCAAGAAAGCAGCCCAUGUGACUGGCGCAGUGACUUAGAGAAAUAAAAACAAAAGAAAUGUAUGUCUUGAAAGAUUGACUUGUUUUCUCGCUUACACACAUUUACCUUUUUUUGUAUACAGCAAUGACACAUUCAAGGCCCAGAAAGGCAGUAAAGACAUUGUUAAAAUAGCCCAUGUCACAUCAGCGAUUCAGCCGUAAUGUUAUCAAGCUACAAUUUUAGUAUGUUUUGUUUUACGGCAGAAAAGUCUAUCGUAAGCCUCACUGUGAAAAAUGUAUUUGGUGAACUGCAUCUUCAUUCUUAUUGUAGGUUAGAUUUUUUUUGUUCAUAUCGUUAAGAGGUUAGUUCAACUAAAAUGCAUUACUUACUCGGCCUCUGCUAAGACCUUCAUUCAUCUUCGCAACACAAAUUAAAAUAUUUUCAUGAAAUCCAAGAGCUCUCUGACCCCCGCAUAGACUGAAACAAGAGUACUUUCACAAGAAUACUUUUUUUGUGCAAACUUUAUUGUGUUUCUUCACUUCCGUGUCAGUGUUUGAGUCGAGUUCGCGAGAGAUCAACCAAUGCUGUAUGAAUGUUGUGGUGUUGCUUUCAAUGCAGGGUCAGAAAGCUCCCGGACUUCAUCAAAAAUAGCCAUCUGUGCUCCGAAGAUGAACAAGGCCUUACGGGUUUGAAACGAUGGCAAGUAAUUAAUGACAGAACUUUAAUUUUUGGGUCAAGUCUCCCUUUAAUGCGUGUGAAAUAAAGGACAACUUGUAUUCGAAAAUGCUCCAAAAUAGCAACAAGAUCGAGAGCCUACUAAUGCAUUUCGAAUAGCUUCAGGUGAAAUAUUAAUUGGUGACUCUUUCCAAGCAAUUUCCACACGGUGUCGAUACAGAGCAAGGAAUCACCUGCAAGUGUGCGAUUCUCUCGUACAGGUUACGAUAAAAACACCCCUCGGGUCACUUCGACUAUUAACGGAGCAGACGCGCCGCUUGCCUCCUAGUAAUAAACCUUCGCGUGUGAAUAUAUGUGAUCACGCAAACUAUUAAAGGUGUUUUAUGAAAACGUCGAGAGGACGGUGCUUCUCCAGAUAUGUUUGACUGGGAAUGGGCGUUGUCCAUUCAGUCGAAUAGCAGGGUUUGUGGCGAGACACGCCCCGCGAGCUCCACAGCCGCUCCUCCACCAACCUUGCCUCGUUCCAGGCCCCGCCCCCUCGCGCGCUUCCUCCUCCGAUUGGCUCGUCGCCCUGUCGCUCACGCUCCAUUUUCCAGCUGUCGCAGCCCCAGGUUUGUGUGCGACUCACACCGGACUGGACGGUGCGAUCAUCUGGAAAUUUUUUCACUCCGUCGAAUUUUUUUUUUUUGGAGCCCACACCUGUGUCAUUUUCCUUCGCCGGUUUUUCCGACUUUAAAUAUCCCCGAAGCCCGGCCGGAUGCAAAGAAAUGAGCGGCGAAAUCGGCGCGUGGAGUGUAAAUAAAGAUUCCGGCUAGCUAGCAGCUUAGCCCACCCAAUUAAGCUAGUUAGUGCGCUUAGCUAAUUAACUUUUCGGCUUUUGGAUGCUCAAAAUCAAAUGUUUGCACUGUAGUCGGUGUUAUAUACGCACGCAGCGUGUCUGAAAGCGCAUAUGGCUGUCUUGUGCCACCUGUCGCCGUGUGUUAGCUAGAGAUCCGGGCAGCUGAUGGACAGUGUUGCGGUGAGUCUGGGCACUGGGGCGGUUAGCUUAGCGAGACAGCAAAGGACAGCACGGAUGUCGUGGCAGGCUAGUGUGUCCCUCCGGGACUCUGGUUGGUAGUCACUACAGAUACUAAAAACAGGGCUCGAGUGGGUCUGAUAGCAGGCGAGAUCUUUAGAUUCACAUCUGGCCUCCAAUCUCAUCCAGUCUUUGGCCUUGCUUGAUAGAUGCGUUUGUAUGAGCAGGCUGGGGUCUCUUCGGCUUCAUCGAUUUAACGUUACGUCUACCGCGAGGCAUCCUGCGUUUUUAAACGACGUUUCCCCCCAAAUCCUCCCUGUUCCUCUUUCGACGCGGUUGCAAAGGGAAGCGGGGCCGUAGAAGUGUGUCAGAUCGGGGUCGGGAUCUCCAAACGCUGUGGUGAUGACUCUGGAGUCCAUGAUGGCCUGUUGCAUGAGUGAAGAGGCGAAGGAGUCCAAAAGAAUCAACGCCGAGAUCGACAAGCAGCUCCGGAGAGACAAACGAGAUGCGAGACGAGAGCUUAAACUCCUCUUACUGGGCACGGGCGAGAGCGGCAAGAGCACGUUCAUCAAACAGAUGCGCAUCAUUCACGGGGCGGGCUACACCGACGAGGACAAGCGCGGCUUCACCAAACUCGUCUACCAGAACAUCUUCACCUCCAUGCAGUCCAUGAUCCGCGCCACCGAGAACCUCAAGAUCCCGUUCAAAUACGAAGAGAACAAGAACAAUGCUCUGCUGGUGCGAGAGGUCGAUGUGGAGAAGGUUUGCUCCUUUGACCAGCCCUAUGUCAGUGCAAUAAAGAAGCUGUGGUCGGAUCCAGGCAUCCAGGAGGCCUACGACCGCAGACGGGAGUACCAGCUCUCUGACUCCACUAAAUAUUACCUUAGCGAUUUAGAGCGCAUAUCGACUCCGAGAUAUGUGCCCAGCCAGCAGGAUGUGCUGAGGGUCCGAGUGCCCACUACUGGCAUCAUAGAGUAUCCCUUUGACCUGGAAAAUAUAAUCUUCAGGAUGGUGGAUGUCGGAGGGCAAAGGUCAGAGCGCAGGAAGUGGAUCCACUGCUUUGAGAACGUCACGUCUAUCAUGUUCCUGGUGGCCUUGAGCGAAUACGACCAGGUCCUUGUGGAGUCUGACAAUGAGAAUCGCAUGGAGGAAAGCAAGGCGCUGUUUCGCACAAUCAUCACCUACCCCUGGUUCCAGAACUCCUCAGUCAUUCUGUUCCUAAACAAGAAGGACCUUCUGGAGGAGAAGAUCAUGUACUCUCACCUGGUGGACUACUUCCCUGAAUUUGACGGUCCUCAGAGGGAUGCCCAGGCGGGCCGCGAGUUCAUCCUUAAGAUGUUCGUGGACCUGAACCCGGACAGCGACAAGAUCAUCUACUCGCACUUCACCUGCGCCACCGACACCGAGAACAUCCGCUUCGUCUUCGCCGCGGUCAAGGACACCAUCCUGCAGCACAACCUCAAAGAGUACAACCUAGUGUGAGAGAGACGGGACGAGAGCGAGAGCACCUGCAGCCCACACACGGCCGAAAGCACUACACCCCUCACACGCAGAAACACACGCGCGGGACACACCUUCACCCCCAUUAGGCACUGGAUCUUCACCUAGUUCUUCUCCUUUUCCUGUUUUCUUCUCGAGUGUCGACCCCCUUUCCGGCCGAUAGCUUUAUCAUCCAAUCUUCCUCUAACGCGAAGGCUGGGCCGUUAAACCGGUGCCUGAUGACAAAGAGCAUUCGUUUGCUCUGUAGAUGGGCUGUAGGUGGGCUCUACCCGAAUGAAACUGAGGUACGAACUUAACGCAAAACACUCGGCGGAGCGUCCGUCGGCGAAGAGCGGGCGACAUUCUUGAAGGACCUCACCUUGCAUCACUGAAUUUAGCCAGGUGUUAGUCGUGCAAUCACAUGCUAAAACACUAGAGGUGGAGGUGAUUUGAUUAAAUACUAUUUUAGGAGUGAUGUAUAGAGAUUUCCCAUCACUACUGGAGAAGCGACGGCACACCAUGUGACUUAUUUCGUAAUAAUAAGUAAUGAAAGCCACCGUUUUUUUUUUUUUUUUUUUUUUUUUUUUUUUUUUUUUUUUUUUUCUCCAAAAAUGCUCGUAUUGCGUUCCCUGAAAUUUUCUAAAAACGCAGAAGUUCGCUCGUGUAUCCACUAAAUUGAUCGUACAGACGGCGAACUCUUUUAUCCAGUCUUGAUUGUUGUUGUGGGGUUUUUUUUUUUUUGCCAGUAUUGGGUGUUUAAUCAGUGUAAUUAAAGGGAUCCAGCUAGUAUUCAAAGAUAUUUACCGAAAGAUUGUGAUUUGUUUACAUGCUCCGUCACAUCAGUUUUGAAUCUUUGACCGAAGGAAUCAAAUAAACGCCUUUCCUAGCCGAUUCAUUCAUGUUUUACUCGGUAUAACAUUCAAUAUCCAGUGAUUUAUAGAUGUUUGUAGGCUCACUUGGAACUCAAUGCAAAAGUGCUAUAUAGGGUGAAAUCGAUUUAAGGCUUUUUUUGUUUUUGGUUUUUUUAUUUAUGUAAUUUAUGGACCAGAUAUGUAAUUAGUCCGACUCAUUUUUCCAACUAAUUUUGAGUCUCUACUGCUGUAAAAAAAUCCAUUGGCAAGUGAUCUUUUCUUUUUUUUUGUUAUUUCGUUAAUCAGUUGUCAACGUUCUGUUCGGUUUUUUUUUUUUUUUUUUUGGUUUUCCCAAAUAUUUUUUUGAAAUGCUUGAAAAUGGACAGAUUUCCAUUUUUAUCAACAUCGCUUUAUGCAAAUAGGAAAUUGAGAAUUUUAUCAGUGGUCGAGUUCUUAACUGGUCUCUGCUUGCGUUGUUUUUGGAGAGUUCGCUCUCGGUUUCGUAGUACCAUAUCUUAGUUCUCGGCGCUUGGUUUAGCUUUAUGGAUAGCUAGCUGGCUUUUUUUUUUUUUUUUUUUUGUGGGGUGGGGGUUUCUUUAUGAUGUAAUUCAGGUGAGUUUUCAUACUUUUCAUUACAAGGGCUAACUGUGGGCAGAGAAUGAAAGGACUCUAUGACGAUAGAGCGAUAGGUACGCCGGAGCGGGUAUCUGAAUCAGGGACAGCGCGGGCCACGCCGUUUUCUGUAGGUUCAGCUUGCAGUGCAUCCGGGGUGCACCUUUCGAAGACGUACGGAAAACCUAUGCUAUUUCCUGCUGCGAAUCAAACGGCUUCGAACGGGCUGUUUUGAUUUCGUGAGUUUAGGAAGGAAGUGAUGUCACACGUUUCCCUUUGCCACGUUUGGUUUCGGGGGGCCGUGACGGUAUUGCUUUUGAGUCCUGUUUACUCCUUUAUCGUAAACCUUACUUUUAAUUUUCUCUCUCUCUCUCUCUCUCUCUCUUCCCCCAGCCGACUGGCUAUGAAUUUAUCGCAUUAGCACACGUACAGUCUUAUCGGCUUUGUUCAUAUUAUUGAAACGGCGUAGCUUGAGAGAAGCCGGAAUUGUGGAAAAAUCACGCGAUCUAACACAAUGUUUUGAAUCACAGUGGUCACGUAUUGGCGCAAUAUUUUUUUCUUUUUCUUUUUUUUAACUAGUGAUUGAAUGUAUUGUAAGACGGUUCUUUUUAUUUUGGUGACUAAUUACUUUGGAAGCAUGGUUUCGAAGGUGUCCACGCAAUUUUUCCCUGCAUAUUUGCGUUUAAUAAAUCCCGUUAGGCCUUCUUUACAUAAACAUUUGGACCUUUUUAGUGCAUUUUUUACGAAUUAUUUGCCAAAUUGCGAAUUUUUUUUUUUUUUUGUCUUUUCCUUUUUCCAACUAAACAAUCCUCCUGUGCCAGGCCAGUUAAGCUGCUUUUUUUUUUUUGUUAAUAUUUUUUUCCAAACAUCCCGAUUUGCAUACCUUCACGUUUCUGGGCGGGGCUUCACACUUCAUCCCUUUUAAAGCGUUUACUCGGGUGGGACGGUACUAUCAGUCGUCAUAUGCCAAUUUCAAACUGUUUCGUGGUUGUGCAAGUAGUGAAGCUGCAAUUUACGACGGCAUUUUUGAACACGUGAACGUUUAAAGCUUUUGUACAUACGGCUUUCGUUUUAAAGGGCUAGGCCUAAUCUGAGAAACACCUUUCUUUUAUCCGACGGAAAAACACUACAGCUAGUCGUUUCGUACCAGUUUAGGUCCACAAAACGUCAGAAUAGGCUUUGCAGAUGGCGCGAGUAGCUUUGAUUUAUCCUGUUCAGCUGCUGUUUAAGGGGUUUUUUGGGUCAUUCUCAACAAUUUGUGAUGAAGUUUGAUGUUUUUGGUUUUUUUUCCUCCCUGGGUUGAUGCACUGAACCUACUCUGCAGUAAAGGAACGAACUCCACUCAUGUUCCUCAACUUUUUCCUGGUACUCCGAGAGAUGCAGACACUAAUGAAUAGAAACGAUGCUUUCGCUUGAGGUCCACACCGAAGUGAUGGAUGCGUACAAUAUGAAGCUAUCUUUACUUUCUUUUAUUUCUAAUGUCGAUGCAUUACCUGAACACUUGUAUGUAGGACACUUUAAUAUAAUACAUUUGUUUUUGAUAAAACGGCUAAAAUAAACUUUUGUGUAGUGGUGUAUAAAAUCAAAGUAUUGUAUUACUUUGUAAUGUAUUUCUUGUUCGGUUGGUUGCUCUUUAUAUAUAUAUAUAUUUUUUUUUUUUUUCGGUUCUUUUUUUUUUUUUUUUUUUUUUUUUAAGCAUACCAAAUGUAAAUGAUGUACUAUACUGAGUGUGCCAAUCCCUUUUGAUUUGUAGAGCCAGACUCUUUACAAGUGCCAAUGUUGUGGAAAUCAUUUAAAAAAGGACUUGUGUAUUUUAUGGUCCGGUUUUUAAAAACAAAUAAACAUUAAGUAUGUGAUUAUGGUAAAUGCGCAACAGGAAAAGGACAAUUUUAUUCUGUAUUUAAGAUUAAAGAUGACAAACUGCUGUUUUUAAAAGAGAUGACAUUUUAAUUGCAUGUGUUUGUUUUUGGUGGAGAGGGUCGGGUAAAGGAGAAACCGUAUUAACGCGAAACCCUGCUGACAAGGGGCUUAAUUAUUGUUCAUUUACAGUAUUUUAGACAUAUUUCUCUUUUUGUAUGUUUCAUUUCAACCACUUUUGCCUGAACCUCAUUCAUACAUGAAAAUGACUUUCAUAGCCUUCUCCUUUAAAGAAAAAAAAUAUCCAUUUUAAAUUGGAAUAAAAUUUGUUCCUAUA